UGGGGAUGGAUGAGUAAUGUUCGCCAUUUAAGGCAGUAGCAUGAGUUAGUUCAUUAAAACAAGUGGUAGGAGUAACUUGUUGAGGUAGCUCUUGUAGUCAGUUAUUUAGUGGCAACUAUGAGUAUGAAGGAGAAGUUUGUUAUAUUAGCCUUGGCAGGAAGUUAUAAUUACAAAUAUAGUAAGGUGGUGAGAAAUUUGGGAGAUUUUGAGAUUAGUUUGUGGUAGAGAGAUAUCCUCGUAACUUAAAGAACCUAUGUUCCGACUCAGCCCAACUAUUGUGCUGCUCUAAUUCUUCGUCAAUUGAUUUAAGACUAUUCAUAGAAUUUUUACCUGAGUAAUCUUGAGGAGGGGGAGAACUUCUCAUAACUGCUGAUGAAAUUCUACUGCCAAUCUCUUAAUGAGUUGAUCAGCUUCCAGUUGUAAAUUACACUUUCUCAGUUUUUUUGGGGGUAGUAUGUGUUUCAUGGAGAUGUGGAGGGUGGCUUGUGUUUCCUUCGAACAUCUUGAUGGACAGGAGGGAAAGUCACAGAAGUCACAGAUUUUGGUGUCAGAGGCUGUGAUAUGGCAGAUCUAGAAAAUUUACUUCUGGAGGCUGCUGGAAGAACUAAUGCAGCAGGGAGGAAUCGACACUCUCAUCCGCCAUCUCGAAGACAGCGUGAGGGUUCAUAUUCUGAUGCUGGAAGUGACUCUAGGGAUGAUGACUCAGAUGAUGAUCGUGGUUAUGCUAGCAGGAAGCCUUCUGGAUCUCAGGUUCCUCUGAAGAAGAGGCUAGAUCCUGCUGAAAGAGAUGAUGAUGCGGGCAGCCAAGAAGAAGGGGACAAUGAAGAUGUUGGUUCAGAUCGUGAGGGUGACAGCAGUAAUGAAUCUGACGUUGGGGAUGAUCUUUAUAAAGAUGAUGAUGACAGGCGCAAGCUUGCUGGUAUGUCUGAACUUCAAAGGGAGAUGAUUCUUUCAGACAGAGCGUCAAAGAAGAAUGAUAAGCAUUUAUAUGAAAGCUUAAGAGCUAAGAAGGAUAAAGGGAAGACUGCUCCAUCUCGGAAAGAGAUCUCACCUCUCCCAUCAUCACGUAUUAGAUCGUCUGCUAGAUCUGCUGAUAGAGCAGCUGCGAAAGAUGAUGCUUUAAAUGAAUUGCGUGCAAAAAGGUUGAAACAGCAGGAUCCAGAAGCUCAUCGUAAAUUGAGAGAUGCAUCAAGAGGGAAUGCUAAUAAUCGAAGGUUCUCACCAACAAAACGAAAGCCCUUCACUGCUCCUAGUUUGAGUAGCUCAAGUGAAAGUGAAAGUAGGUUUCAAAGUGAAGAUGAAGAGUCUACAGGAGAUGGCGGAAUGGUUGACAGUGAUGAUGAAAGAUCCAUGUCUGGUUUAAAAGGGCCAACAUUUGAGGAUAUCAAGGAAAUUACUAUUCGUAGAUCAAAGCUUGCAAAAUGGUUAAUGGAACCAUUCUUUGAGGAGUUGAUAGUUGGGUGCUUUGUGAGAGUUGGAAUCGGGAGAUCAAGAUCCGGGUCUAUCUACCGGCUCUGCUUGGUGCGCAAUGUUGAUGCAACAGAACCUGAUCGUCAGUAUAAGCUAGAGAACAAAAUCACACAUAAAUAUCUUAAUGUUAUUUGGGGAAACGAAAGUUCUGCUGCCAGGUGGCAGAUGGCUAUGGUAUCGGACUCUGCACCACUUGAGGAUGAAUAUAAACAAUGGCUUAAGGAGGUAGAGCGAACUAAUGGUCGGAUGCUGAGCAAGCAGGAUGUAUUGGAAAAGAAGGAAGCUAUACAGAAAGCCAACAACUUUGUCUACUCAGCGGCCACAGUGAAGCAGAUGUUGCGAGAGAAAAAAUCUGCUUCAUCAAGGCCAUUAAAUAUUGCAGCUGAGAAGGACCGGCUGAGGAGAGAGAUGGACGUAGCACUAAGCAAAAAUGAUGAAUCUGAGGUUGAGAGGAUCAAGGCAAGGCUGCAGCAAUUAGAGGCAUCCAGGAGGUUGCAGAUGAAAGAUACCAAGGCAAUUAGGUUAGUUGAGAUGAACAGGAAGAACAGGGUGGAGAACUUCAAAAAUGCAUCAGAACUAAGACCCUUGAAAGACUUGAAAGCUGGAGAGGCCGGUUACGAUCCCUUCUCAAGGAGAUGGACCAGGUCAAGGAAUUACUAUGUUGGAAACGCUGGUGAAGCCAAUGGGGCUGCGGAAGCAGGUGGCAACAGUGAUAAUGCAAUGCCUGUAUCAGAGACUAAUAGAACAGGAUCUGGUCGGACUGCAGAAGCUGGCAUGGCAGCUACAGCAGCGGCAUUGGAAGCUGCUGCUGGGGCUGGAAAGUUGGUUGAUACUAGUGCUCCUGUAGAUGGAGGUACAGAAUCAAACUCGCUGCACAACUUUGAGCUGCCUAUAUCAUUGGCUGUGCUUCAGAAAUUUGGUGGACCCAUGGGAGCUCAGGCUGGGUUCUUAGCAAGGAAACAGCAGAUAGAAGCCACAGUUGGACGUCAAGUCCCUGAGAACGAUGGGAGGCGGCAUGCCCUGACACUGACUGUUAGUGACUACAAGAGAAGAAGAGGGCUUCUUUGAAACUCGAUGGCUGCAACUAAAUAGUACGUCAUUCGAUAUUACUGCUCCGACAUAGCGUGUUCUGGUCUUCGAGGAUUUGGCAUAUAAACAAUUAUCGAGUUGGUAAGGUAACUGUUAGAAGCGCCCUUAAGUUGAACAAGAAAUGCUUCCUGAUUGCGGCAAAUCUUUUGAGCCUGUAAGAAAUCCGUGUAGUUCUGAUUAAUUUUGCCACAUUACCACUGCUGUGGCCCCUUGUGUUCAGUGAUUUGCCAAGUCUGAAACAGUUGAGAGUUGUCUAUGGUUCGAGUUUUCUUUUGUGUAUGAAAUUUGUGUAUGUUUCAAGAUUUGUAAGUGAAGAUUAAAUCCAUCCAGUCACGGUGAAAACUCCUGUUACUUCUUAGGGUUAUUUAUACAUGAUUUUCAGAAUUGUUUUGCC